AUGCGCGAGGACGCCCCGACGCCGCGGCGCCUCUCGGCGAUCACCGCGAUCGUCGCCGUGGCCGCCGUCGGCGCGCUCGCGAUCGGCGUGGCGUCGACGACGGCGACGACCGAUGGGACGACGUGGACGCGGGUGAGCUCGGUGGCGAUGUUGGGCGAGGAGCUCCCGGAGGCGCGACCGACGACCCGCGCGCGCGUUGAUCUGCACAAAAGACUUCGUGGGAAGCGUGUCGAGGGGAUCUUCGGUCGAUUGCGCGCGGCGCGCGGACGGGCACCGCGAUUCGAUCCGAAGGACUUUGACGUGGACGCCGACGCGGUGGCGUCCGCGGCGCGAGAGCUCCAUCGCAGGGAGAGCUACGCGUUUGUGAACGGUGAGCUCGUGGGUGAUCGGGUGCGCAGGGCUUGGGCGCGGAAGCACGCGUUUGUUGCACCGUGGGGCUCGGAGGCGCCGCCGAUUGCGAUUUUGGGCAAGGCGAGAAAGUCCGAGGAUGAGGAUGAGGUUGAGACUUCCAAGAAGCACCACCACGGGAGUAAGAAGAAGGAUGAGGAUGAGGAUGAGACUUCCAAGAAGCAUCACCACGGGAGUAAGAAGAAGGACGCGGCGAAAGAGAGCGACGAUGACGACUCGAAGAAGUCCAAGGUGACCAAGAAAUCCAAAAAGUCCAAGGAGGAGGACUCCGCAAAGGAAUCAAAGGGGUCCAAGAAGAAGGCGUCGAAGAAGGGCAAGGACGACGACGACAGCGCAACGUUAGGGAAAAAGGAAGGGAAGAAAUCGCUGUCCCUUGACACUCCGGUGUACAUCAUGACGCUGGGCGAUAAAAAGUUGAAGAAUCCUGACCCUACCAUGGGUUCCACGGACGCCGAGCGCGCUUCGCAGUUGAUCAAACUUCUCGUCCGCGAGUUCGGCACGAAGGACGUGAAGAAGCACGUGCGUUUGACGCCAGGCGUGGACGUGUACGACUGGCCGAAGAACGAGGAUACAAUGCACUACGCUCUGAAGACUGUCAUGGCAAACAAACCCAAGGGGACGCAGCUCUCGGCGUUGCCGUGGAUCAGCUUCUACACCAGUCGCGAUAAGUCUGGGCACUUUGCCGAUAAGUUUGCGGAAGAACGCAAUCUGCAGACGCACAUUGGAUGCCUGUUCGGACACAUGUUCCAAUGGCAACUCGCCUCGGACGCGGGCGACGAAGAAGCCUUCAUGUUUGAAUCUGAUGCGUCCAAUCAAUACAUGAUUGGCCUUCCGGUCAAGAGCAUGGUCUCGCUGGUGGACCACGCCCCGAAAGGGUACGAUAUCAUCUUCUUCGACGAACCGAAAAUGGUCACCUUCGACAAGCCAGUUCGCACGUACAAGGAUGAGAACGGCAUGGAAAUCAACAUUUACGCCUUCAACCAAAAGAGUGGGCAGAGUGGUUUGAGCGCCUCCUUAGUCUCCAAGCGAUUUUACCCCAAACUAUUCAAGCACGUGGCACACUUCGGCGCCGAUGUCGUCGAUGCGAUGUUGAAGGUGCAGCUGUGCGCAGACUCGAUGGUGGAUGCGUCAGGGAAGUUCACCGGAUUCGGCGCUGGUAACAAGCCUUGGCUCAAGUGCUACUGGGCGCUUCCGGCCAAGGCCGCGCACGUGAAGGACGGGAAGUACGUCUACAAUUAA